UCCCCUGCAUCGGCAGGCGGACUCUCAACCACUGCGCCACCAGGGAAGCCCAUAGAUUUAAUGUUUUUUAAAAAUAUUUUUAUUAUAGUGUCUUAAAUAUGGGAUGUGUCUUUUGAAGGGUGUUUUACUUCUGUAAAACUGUAGGACUUUUCCCCCGCAUGCUCCUCAUUUGAUACGUUAUGUCUAUAUACUCUCAAAUAAAGGGAAAAGACAGCAAUUAUUUAAUCAAUGUGAACAAUAUAAAAAACUAAAUGGAAUGAUGUAUGCUUAAAGCAAUAUACAGCAUAUACUAGGGUAUGUCUCUAUUUAUAGAUAUAUAUUUAGAAGACCGAACUACAUAAGUAAUUAACUAACACCUAGUUCUUUAAAAUUGUAUAGGGAAGAAUGUACUAGCAUGUUUUUGGUGGAAAUACCUCAAGCACACCUGCCAUCAGGAAACUCAUCACGUGGUGGAUGACAACCUUUGCAGAAAUAAUUUUCACAUAGUGAUGUAUUGUGAGAGGGGAGAGAGAGAGGAAGAGAGGACCAACCCUGAGAAAGUCACACUCAUUUUAAAUUCUGAUGAGUGAUGGAAGUUGCCAGGUGAAGAGGAAGCCCCGCCUGCUGUGGCCUAACCGUAGGAGAAACGGUGAGGCCAGUGAACUGAGGGUCAGCGCGACCGGAGGUUCCAACAGAAGUGGGAAGAGGCUCCUGAGUCGGGCAAGGGUCACAUCAUGGAGGCCUUUUUGAUCCUGCAACAGAGGAAAGAGUAUGUUUCUAAGUGUGUUGAUUACAUUUGCAACACCUGUGUCAUGGCAGUUUAUAAGGAAUUUCACAGAGGAUUUCCUAAAGUCUUUGACAAAGAGAUACUUAAACAUUUCCAGGCUGAAGAACUAAUGACAGCAAUAGCUGGAAAUACUAAUUAUGACUGGAAACAAUUUGAAAAGCAUUCAACGUAUGGUCCAGGAUACUGUAAAUCACAUCCUACGAUACUGAUGUUUUGGAAUGCUUUCCAUAAAUUAACUUUGGAUGAAAAGAGAAAAUUCCUCUUUUUUCUUACAGGAAAUGAAAGGCUGCAUGUAAAAGGCAUACGGAAAGUGGGAAUCCUAUUUCACUGUCCUGAAACUUUCAGUGAAAGAGAUUUCUCAAGAUCACUGAUGUGUCAUAAUAUUCUGGACCUCCCUAAAUAUUCUACAAUGGAAAGAAUGGAGGACGCACUUCAAGUAGCCAUCAACAGCAACAAAGGAUUUAUGUCACCCACGGCCACAGAGUGAUAGCGACCUUCGAGAGGCUCAGAUUUCAGGUUCUCUCACCCUUCGAUCCUUCUGUUCUUCUUAGUACAAAGUGUUGACGGAUUGUAGUUAGAAUAAGUUGACAAAUGCUGGGAUAAACAAUAACAUGAUGAGUCAAGGAUAACAUUUUUAAUGAAUCAACAUUUCCUGAUCCUUAAACUUGCUAUGAGAAUGCUUGCUUUUUACUGAAUU